UUUAAAACUCACACGCAGCGCCAUGGUCUCAAAAUUGGUUGCUAGUAUAGUCCUGAUAGUCCCAGUAGCAGUCUGGGCUGCUCUUCCCCACAGCCCCGCUCCUUAUGCACCCGCCCCCUACUCUCCAGCCCCCGCCCACCAUGGAUAUUGUGAUCCUAAGGCCCCACCAAAGUGUGCCGAAGGAUCUGACCUCCCCUACUGUAUCCUAGACCCUGAAUAUCCCGCUUAUGAUAUUGCUCACAAAAUCUCCCAAGACGCCCUUUUCCUGAAGAAGUAUGCUGAUGUCGCUGACCAGUCUGCUGAUGAUCUUGUUGAGCACAUUAGCAAACCCCAGGAGGAGUCCUUCGACUACAAGUACUACACUGGAGCAUCCAAGGGCCCAUCUCCUUAUGAUGCCACCAACUGGAUCGGACCUGAGGGAUACCUGUGCCCAUCUGAUGUUGACUAUGCCAAGAUCACCCGUGCUGUCAACGUUGAGGGACACUGGAGAAUUAUUCUUCAGCACAUUCCUGAAGGUUACGGAUAUGGACACUACAACUACACCCAGACUACCAGACUAGAGACCUGUCUCUUCCCAGACUCCGCCUGUAGACUCGUUGCUCCCUGUUAUAACAGCAAGUGCACCCAGAAGUAUGUCUACCACAGGAUGCUCUCUGUUGAUCCCUGUGAUCCUUACAGAGGAUUCUUCAUUGACACCUACAAGCUCCCCAGUGCUUGCUCUUGCCAUGUUCCCCAGUAAAUGUCUUUCAAAGUAUUAGAAAACCAAAGCUGAAAUCCCUUCACAUCAUGUCUUAGAACCAAAGGAAAUCUUGUUGUACAAUCAUGCAGUCCAAAUCCUGAAUCCUUUCCCAAUUCCGUCCUGAUAUCCUAUUUCCUUUUAUAUCCUGAAAAUUAUUCCUUACAUUUAAAGAAAAAAAUCCAGUGCUCCCAAAUCAUAUUCCUCUUAUCUAUCAUCCUUCCCUGACGAUUCCUGACAUCCAACAUUUCUAAUCCAUACGUCCUGAUUUAGUACUGCACUCCAUUUCCUGAUUUCUUGUCCACCAAACAAAACCUAAUCCUAAUCCUGACACCUACUAAACAAUAUCCAAAUCCUCUAAACAUGUUAAUCCUCCCAAAAAUCCAAAUCCUCCACAUUUCCCAAACCCAAGAGAUCGUUCCUCUUGCCAACCUAGUCCUUCCCAAGAACCUGACUGAUGAGAACCAUGGAAAAUCACCAUUAGUUUAUUUAUUUAUUUAUUUAUUUUAACGACAUAUUCCCAUAUUAUCUCGGCGUGGCCUCCUUGGAACGGAACUGCAAAACAUCUGCCGCGUCCUGGUAGAAAGGGAACAAGUCGUCUUCUGUGAUAUUUUGCCAUUUUUGUGGUGCGAGUUGCUGUGAGUUAAUAAAUUGAACCCAUAAUUA